AGAAGGUCUUUUACAUCCGUUCAAUGAUCUCACUUUAUUGGAAACCGGUGAGCCUCUUUGGGUACCAAAAACUCAGGAAGUUGGUUUCAUGACCGAAGAUAUGCUACGUGAACAAGAGGAGAUAUUUGAAAAAUUGGGCACAUCAGAAGAUGCGACUAAAGUACGAGCUCAAAUGCAAUCGGCGCAUUUGUUGUCUGAUAUGCAGGCUUUCAAAGCAGCAAACCCCCAUGCUAUCUUGGAAGACUUUGUUCGAUGGCAUUCUCCACGUGAUUGGAUACCCGAUAACGAUAAUCCAAACAAGGGAACUCUUAGCCAACGAAUGUUGGAAGAGGGCAAUUUAUGGCAAGAAUUGUGGAAGAGUGCUCAGCGAAUACCUGCGGCACGUCAAAGUCCGCUGUUCAAAUGCUCUCUGGAAGGAGAGAAGGCAUUUCAUUAUUUGGAGCAUUUGUCCGUUAAAGAUUUAUUUAAAAUGCUCUUGCCUACAAUGUUUCUUAUCGCAUAUGACACAUUAGUAUCUCAUCCUGUCACCAAGAAUAUCAAACAAGUAGCUUCUGGCUUGGAAAUGUUGAUGAAGGAACUGACUAAAUUUCCAUGGAAUGAUAUAGGCUCAGAAAAUGUCUCGUGCGAUGGGAUAAUCCAGAUGAUAAGACAAAAUGAAUUAUUAAUUGGUAAAGCAAUUUCACUCUUACGAAAGUUACCUAAACAGUAUUCUCUUGUUGAAAAACUUUUGGAAAUACCAGAAAGUCAAGUUUCCGAUGGGAAAGAGCGUGAAAGCGUAUUCGAAUUGUUUUCUUCUGUUGCCCCACUUAAUGAUUCAUUUCCACCACCAACGACGCGUGAAUUUGUUUUGCAGACAACAUGUCUUAGACCAACACCAGUACCAGCGAGAAU